AUUACAAUGUACUGAUAGCGCAUAUCCAUAAAAAAACGAUAUUAUGUCCGAAAUCACAUUUGCAGUAUUAUUUACAACCUCUGACAGUUAACAUGUUUCUGUUUUUGUCACUGGUAGUAACUGUUUUUAUUUUAACAUUCGCUUUCUUUAUCGGAUGUUACAAUGAAAGAUAUUGGAAAAAGCGUGGAGUGUUAUUCGACAAGGGAAACAAUAACAUAAUUGGCCCUUAUUGGGAAUUCUUGACUAGCAACCGAGCGUUGUUCGAAAUAUUCGGGGACAUGUAUAGAAAAUAUCGAAAUGAACCAGCUGUUGGGUUCAGUACGCUAUUUGCACCAUCGUUGUUCAUCAUAGACCCGAAGAAUGUCCAGUAUGUGUUGCAAGGGCCAAUGUUCAUCGACAGGGGAGUAGACUACCACAAAGAAGACUACCUAGCAGACAAUCUACUCUUCAUGAGCGGUGACCGGUGGAAGCUUAUGAGGCAGAAAAUGACACCACUUUUUACUCCAAACAAAUUGAAAAACAUGUACAACGUUAUCGAUAAACGUACUCAAGAUUUCGUCCAGUUCUUACACAAGAACCCUGAAAAGCAAAAAAGAAAUACAUUAGAUACGUUGGCCACGUUCUGCUGUAAUGCAAUUGGUGAUGCUGUGUUUGGAGUCAGAUAUGCAUCUAAAUUCGUUUCGCCGUUCCUAGACAUAUCCAGAAAAGCUUUUGCUUCAAGUUGGUGGGGCGACAUAAGAUUCACCUUAUCAAGCGUUUCCCCGACAAUUUUCAAAGCAUUUAAAAUUUCAUUCUUUAAAGAGUUCGAACGAUUUUUUAUAGGUGCAAUGAAACAAGUAUUUAGACAGCGAGAAAAAGAAGGAAGUAAGAGACAUGAUUUUUCUGACAUCUGUUUGAGUCUGCAGAGAAGCGGUGUGAUGAAACACGAAGAGACGGGAUUCCAGAUGCAACCUACAGAUGAGUUAAUGGCCGCCCAAGCUUUCUUUUUCUUUACGGCAGGGGUUGAUCCUACAGCAGCUGGUGUAUUUGGUGCAAUGAUUGAAAUAGGAAGACAUACUGAAAUUCAAAAGCGGCUACAGGAAGAAAUAGAUGAGGCUUUCUACAAUAAUAAUGGAGAACUAACGUACGAUGCUGUAAUAGGAUUGGAGUAUUUGGACAAAGUGCUAACGGAAUCCCUAAGAAUCUUUCCUCCGAUUGGUUUUUCAACAAGACGAUGUACUGAGACAACAUAUUUACCUGUGGGCAACAUAAAAGUUGAUAAGGGUACCAAACUUUACACUCCUGUUUACUCUUAUCAUCACGAUCCUGAAUAUUUUGAACAACCCCAUGUGUUUGAUCCGGAGAGGUUCUCUGACGAUAGAAAGCAGAAUUUGGGGGUAUUAUAUCAGCCGUUUGGAUUCGGCACUAGAAUAUGUAUCGGCAUGCGUUAUGCUAAACUGCAAGUUAAAAGUUUACUAGCACACAUUCUUCAUAAUUUUAAUUUAAAAUCUGUCAUCGGCAGUGGUGGAAUAAAGUUCGGUAAAGAUCAAAUACAAUUGCGAAUAAAGAACGUUGAUGUAGAAUACAUUCCUAGAAAAUUGAGACGCUAGUAAUUAUUUUUUCUGUAAUCAAGUAAACGGUUGGAAAAUUAUCUCCUAGUAAGCGCCAAUAAUAGUCCGCAAAGUCUAGGAAGAUACUAGAGUUGCCAACU